GAUUCAUUUACAGUUUGCGCCAACUAGCUAGCGCUCCGUACGUAAACGGUUUAGUUUAAGGCACAUGAAAAGCACCAACGCCAUGCUACGUUUGUCGACGUUUUGUAUGUUGCUGGCCAUAGCAGUAGCGCAAAAUGGGUACGAGUAUGACAAACCAGGAAAACCGUUCGGUCCAACAACGCCAUCAUCCCGGCCCGGUUACCAACCAAGUCCUACAAGUGGUUAUCCUACAUCGCCAGCCUCACAGGGAUACCCAGGAACUGGGCCUAGUUCUACGCCUAGCUACCCAUCUGGAGCUUCAAAUACACAGGGAUUCAAUCGUCCUCAAACUGGAUAUCCCGGCCAGACGCCAAGUGGACCGGCAGGUCCAGGAUUCCCAGGUCAGACGCCAAGCGGACCAGCAGGUCCAGGAUUCCCAGGUCAAACACCUAGUGGACCUGCGGGUCCAGGUUAUCCAGGUUCAAGUGGAAACUAUCCAGGUCAAGGAGGAAAUUACCCUGGGCAAGGUGGAAAAUACCCAGGACAAAGUGGAAACUACCCAGGACAAGGCGGAAAUUACCCAGGACAUGGUGGAAAUUACCCAGGACAAGGUGGAAACUAUCCAGGACAAGGGGGAAACUACCCAGGUGAAUCUCCAGGCGGUCCUGGUUUUGGACCUGGUGCACCAGGAUUCGGCCCUGGCUCACCAGGCUCUGGACCAGGAAACGGUGGUUUUGAUGAUGGUAGCUAUGAUGGUGGCGACUACUCGGCAAUUCCCGGUGAACCAGACAUAGAUUAUCCGGUACUAUCUUUUGUCCCAGAAACAUCAUUCAGAUGUGAUGCCCAACCUUACCCUGGUUACUAUGCUGACGUUGAAACGCGGUGCCAAGCUUUUCAUGUAUGUGCCAAUAACAAAACAUACGAUUUCUUAUGCCCCAAUGGAACAAUAUUUUCUCAGGAAUUCUUCGUUUGUGUUUGGUGGAACCAGUUUGACUGCAACUCCGCACCAAACUUUUUCGAACUUAAUGCAAACCUUUAUGAUUAUUCCAUCAUUGGUUCGCAACUGCCUGGUGCAGGAUUCCCUGGUACUGGUCCACAGGGACCAUCUUAUCCCGGUUCAGGCCCACAAGGACCUAAUUAUCCUAUUACUGGCCCUCAACGUCCAGGCGGUUUCCCAGGUAUAGGGCCUCAAGGUCCAGGCGCUGGACCUCAACGUCCAGGUUUUCCUGGUUUUGGUCCACAAGGCCCUGCUGGUUACCCUGGCGCUGGUCCACAAGGCCCAACUGGCUUCCCUGGUGCUGGUCCGCAAGGCCCUGCUGGUUACCCUGGUGCUGGUCUACAAGGCCCUGCUGGCUACCCUGGUGCUGGUCCGCAAGGACCUGCUGGUUAUCCUGGUGCUGGUCCACAAGGCCCUGCUGGCUACCCUGGUGCUGGCCCGCAAGGACCUGCUGGUUAUCCUGGUGCUGGUCCACAAGGCCCUGCUGGCUACCCUGGUGUUGGCCCGCAAGGACCUGCUGGUUAUCCUGGUGCUGGUCUACAAGGCCCUGCUGGAUACCCUGGUGCUGGUCCACAAGGCCCUGGUGGUUAUCCUGGUGCUCGUCCACAAGGCCCAACUGGUUUCCCUGGCACUGGUCUGCAAGGCCCAGCUGGCUAUCCUGGUGCUCGUCCACAAGGCCCAACUGGCUUCCCUGGCACUGGUUCGCAAGGCCCAGCGGGCUAUCCUGGUACUGGUCCGCAACGUCCAGCUGGUUACCCGGGUGCGGGUCCCCAAGGACCAACUGGUUACCCUGGCGCUGGUCCUCAAGGCACAAAACCUAGUUAUCCUGGUAGCACCGGACCUCAAGGCACAGGACCUAGUGGACCUUAUCCCGGUCGACCUGCACAACAAAGACCAACGCCAUCAUAUCCCGGCAGCCCUACUCAGCAAACACCAACAGAUUCCUACCCAGGUAGCCCUGGUCCACAAGGCUCCACAGAGGCUUACCCUGGUAUUUCUGGACAAAGUGGUCCUGGUUCUAACUACCCGAGUUCGCAGGGUACUACAGGAUUUCCUGGUACGCAACCAGGAACAGGCUACCCACCGUCUGGAAAACCUUCCGGACCUGGUUUUCCAUCAAGCACGACGCGUCCUCAAGGGUCAGGAGACAGUGGCUAUCCCUCACCGCCUAACAGAGAAUACCUCCCACCUAAUUGAUCAGAUUCCAAUAAUUCAAAACAUAGAUUUAAGUUUUAAGCUGCCAGGAACUACUAUUAUAAUAAUUAUUCAUACUAUGCUGUACCUGCAUGCGUCUAAAGCAACGCAAAAUAUGUUGACAAAUGAAAUUGU